UAGAUUGAGAUAUGACAGCUCUCUGUUUUUUUUCUCGUUUUCUGUUUCGAUUUUAUGACCUUUCUCCACUUCACUUCCUCCUCCAUUUCUGGCCGCCGAUGGCCCUACUCCUCCUCCUCCACCACCGCCGCCGCACUCCUCUAUCCCUCCUCCUCCUCCUCCUCCUCACUUCCUCCAUUGCCGCCCGCCCCACUCCCAUCGACCAGGAAGCAGAACCAAAGCUUCUUCCACCAGGAACAAAGGAGCCAUUUUUGACACGGCGGAGACUCAGCGGACCAGGGUCGUCCCCGCCCACUUGUAGAUCCAAGUGCGGUAGUUGCCGCCCGUGUACGGCUGUGCACGUCCCUAUUCAACCGGGCCUUAGUUUGCCCUUGGAAUAUUACCCUGAAGCUUGGCGUUGCAAAUGCGGCAACACCCUCUAUAUGCCAUGAAAUUUUAGCAAAACAAAAUAAAAUAACAAUCCUUUUUUUUUUUCUUCUUCUUCUUCUUUGUCAAAUAUAUUCUGCUGAUCAAUUGUUUUUGCCACUUGUAGUCACUUCAAUGGGAGUUCUUUUUUUUUUCUUUUUUCUUUUUGAAAAAAUGUUCAUAUGAUAUAUAAUGUCAUCGAAACUUGAAAUCCCCCAUUGUUUUUUGUUUUGCUGCGUUGGGAAAGAAAGUUUAAGCACUUUGGAAAUGCAAUAGUUUUUAUUUUAUUUGGCCA